GUGAGAGAGAAUGAGGGAUGCUUUUUCCCUUUUGCUUUUGUGUGUAACGUUGUAUGAUAAGUAAUAACCAGCCUUUUCCAGUCAAUACCCAGUUCAUUUUCUAGACUCCCUGUCUCUCUUUCUCUCUCUUGAGUGCUCACCCAUUCCCCAUCAGAGAGUAUUCUCCUGUUUUUUUUUUUUUAAUCCUUCAUUUUGGUGAUGCUUUCAACAGAGAUACCGACAGAGAAACAAAUCUAAGUUAUGAAGUGAUUGAUUUCAUGUUCUGGGGAAGGCCUUGGCUUCAAAAAAGCCUAACUCCGUCAUUUUGUUUGAGCUUUCAACCUUUCAGAAGCUGGAUUAAGGGCAGUUGGAUGGUGGGUUCAUCUUCAGUCAAUUGAGGUAGAAGACCCUUUUCCUUGUAUGCAAAUUUUGUAAUCUUUUCAUUCUCCUUUCUGGGUGUGGAAAAAAGAUCAAAUUUUUGCACUCAUGAGGGACUUCCCUUCUUGUUUCGGCGAAAAUGGAGUUCAGGUUGCUGAUUCUUCUUCAUCAAGUACUGCUAAAACUGCCCAAAACCUGGUGACUUGUGUGUAUCAGUGUAGACUUCGGGGUAAAUGGUGUUUAAUCACCAUUACAUGGACCAAAAAUUUGAUGGGUCAGGGCCUUAGUGUUGGAAUCGAUGAUUCUUCCAAUCAAUGUCUAUGCAAAGUUGAUAUAAAACCCUGGUUGUUCUCUAAGAGAAAAGGGUGUAAGAAUCUAGAGGUAGAUUCUAGUAAAAUUGACAUGUAUUGGGACUUAUCUGCAGCAAAAUUCGGUUCUGGGCCAGAGCCAUUGGAAGGUUUCUAUUUGGCUGUUGUCUUCAACCAAGAACUGGCCUUACUUCUUGGGGAUUUGAAGAAGGAGGCAUGUAAGAAGAUAAACUCCCCCCCUGUUCCUUCCACUGCCGUUCUCAUUGCCAAGAGAGAGCAUCUAUUUGGGAAGAGACUUUACUUUGCCAAGGCUCAAUUUUGUGAUAAGGGUCAGAUGCAUGAUAUCAUGAUUGAAUGUGACACAGUUGGGGUCACUGAACCUUGCCUUCUAAUCCGGAUUGACAGUAAGAUGGUGAUGCAGGUGAAGCGCCUCCAAUGGAAGUUCAGGGGCAACCACACCAUUUUGGUGGAUGGGCUUCCCAUUGAAGUAUUUUGGGAUGUUCAUAAUUGGCUCUUUGGAAAUGCCAUUGGCAAUGCUGUGUUCAUGUUCCAGAGUUGCCUCUCUGCUGAGAAGUUGUGGGCCUGCCAAUCGAUCUCCUCCGAUCCCUCUGUACUGGCUUGGUCUUGGUCUGAAAAAUUUAGAGACACUCAAUUACAAGGUCUUGGUUUUUCAUUGAUAUUGUAUGCUUGGAAGAAUGAAUAGAAGUCUACUCCUUCCUCUUUGAGUGCUAACAAAUACUUUUUGAGUGAUUAUUUUUAUUAACGAUGUGAUUGAAAUACCUUUGAUGCAAGUUAUAAGUGAAUCCAUUGUUUUUCCUCAUUUCUUUUCUCAAGGAACUCGAUAAUUCAUAUUCUUAUAGAACAUUGUUGCUCAUGGUUGUUUUACAUGCUUAAAUCAAGCAUUAUCGUUUUUUUAUUUCUAUUGGAAACUGUUUGUGGAGAGUGACUGGUGGAUGGACUUACAAGACUCUGGUUGAACAUUGCAAUUUGCAAUAAGAUCUCCACUUUUUCACUCUCAGCAGCACACUGUGAUUCAUUUCAUCGUAAUGCAAUUCUUUCGAAGGAAAAAAAAGGAGCUGAAUAGUUUGACAUGGGGCAUGAGUCGGGUUUCUGACAGAUGGAUCUACUUAAUUCUGGGGUUUAUAUAUGUGUAUUUAAGAUCUAUGUAACAGGUGCGGUGAAUACCUCUUUUUUCUGUAACACAGAAUUCAAACAUCUCAAUUUCAACACAAAUUUAUCAAUUUUCAUUUUUUUUUUCAUGUGUUUUAAGAAAAAUAAAGUCUGGGGUAUGAAGGAUGAAAUUCAGGUUGAGUUUCUUGACUGUGAUGCUUCAGGUGUCUGUGCAUGGUUCCCUCGGCUUUAAUGUUAGGCAGUGUGGUGAGGAGCUCAAUGCACUCUUAACCUUGGAAGAUCUCCUUCAUGGUGACUAGAGAUUUCUAAUAAGAAAAUGGAUUCUAUAAAGGGAUGUAAUCUACCUUGAACUAGA